AAAAACAUAAUCUGUUCAUGCGGUCAUGUCUGAGAAAGACAGCAGUGAAAAUCUGAAAGAAGAAACCUCUUACAAAGAUGAAAAUGAACAGAAAGCAGAGGAACUUGGCUGCACUGAGAGCAAUGAAGAGAGAGAGCAAGAGCUUGAGCCUGUGCCUAUGACUCGGAAAAGACCUGAACCCAAACCCCCAAGCCAGCCUGCUGCCACAGAAAAGCCUGUAGCUGAAACCCUCAAGGUCUCGGAUUCUCCUGCUGCAGUUCAGACAGGAUGGGGGUACUGGGGAAGCUGGGGGAAAUCUCUUCUGUCAACUGCGACUGCUACUGUAGCUACUGUAGGUCAAGGUAUUUCAAAUGUCAUAGAAAAAGCAGAAACAACCCUUGGGAUCCCCAGUCCUAGUGAAAUCUCUUCAGAGACUAGAGAUGCUACAAGAGGAAGCAAGAAUCCUGGUGCUAGCAGCACAGAUGCAGUUGAUGAUGGCAGUUCCUUUCCUAUUGCUGGGGCUCUUGGAGUUUUAUCAACCAUCUCUACUGCUGUCCAAAGCACAGGAAAAAGUGUUAUUAGUGGAGGUCUGGAUGCCUUGGAAUUCAUUGGGAAAAAGACAAUGGAUGUAAUAGCUGAGGGAGACCCUGGAUUCAAAAAAACAAAAGGCCUAAUGAACAGAAACUCUACAUUAUCUCAGGUCUUACGAGAGGCAAAGGAGAAAGAAGAGCAGCAGACAGCUGCUGAGGUUACCAUGGCUACGGAGAAGAAAGCCCAUUAUGGGUUACUGUUUGAUGAGUUUCAGGGUCUUUCGCAUCUGGAGGCCUUAGAGAUGCUUUCCAGAGAGAGUGAAUCAAAGGUGAAAUCGGUUCUAAAUGCCCUCUCUGGAGAAGAGUUGGUCACACUGAAGGAGGAAAUGGAACAACUCAAAGAAGCGUUUUCUUUACCUGAAUUCUUUGAAGAAGAGGAAGAAGAAAAGAAGGGAGAUGAGGAGUUCACAAAGGAAGUAACAGAAUUGUUUUCAGAACUGCGUAUCUCCUCAAAGCCGGACAAACUGAUCCUGGUGAGGACAUCUGCUCAUGAAUGGAUAACACGAUUCAACAGUAGUCUUCCUAAAGAAGAAGAAGAGGAUGAAGAAAACCAAGAAGUAGAAUCCAGAGAUGGUGACCAUGAUGCUAAAAAAUCAGUAGAGGAUAUUCAUGCAUUUGCCAUAAGAAGUCUGGCUGAACUGACAGCAUGCUCCAUUGAAAUGUUUCACAAAACUGCAGCUUUGUUUCUACAUGGUCAGAAACAAGAGGUGACAGCCACAGACAGAGCCAAGUCCCUUUCACAAAUGACGAUUGCUUUGUGUAAAGAACUGUCAGCUUUCUCUAAGGAGUUUACUACGUGCUUAACGACUGCAGGGGUCAAAGAGAAAGCAGAUGUGCUUAAUCCCUUAAUCACGGGAGUGUUUUUGGAGGCUUCAAACAGUGCUUCAUAUAUCCAAGAUGCCUUCCAGCUCUUGCUGCCUGUGCUGCAGAUCUCUCUUAUUGAGGCUAGAACGGAACUAUCACAGCAAUAAAAAUCCUUCUAA